AGGAGAAAAACAGGAAGGUGGAGGGUGAGGGGAAGGCGGAGGGAUUACCACACUCCACCUUCUCCCAAUGCCGGGGAUGAAGAUGGGCGCCCGGCAGCGCCUGCACCUCUCACUGGGGCUGAGCUCACUGGCUCUCAUCUCCUCCAGCGCGGCCUUUGCCAGCGGAUACUGGUGUGUCGGCACACACCGGGUGGUGAAGCCGCUUUGCCAGAUGGCAGCGGCAUCUGGCGACAGGCAGGGGGCAGGGACAGAGAUCCGGGGAUGCCUGGGACAAACAGCCGGCAACGGGACCACGGACGAGCUGGAAUCAUACGGCUGGGAGACGGGAGAAGACCGGUUCACAUUCCACACGUUCCAUACCGGCUUCUGGACCUCGUGCGAGGAGGAGGAGGAGAGAGGGAGAGUGAGAUGCCGGAGCUUCCUACAGCUCACACCAGAAUCGGAACAGGGAGUCCUGUGGUUUGCCAUCGUGGCUGAGAUCCUCUACAUCACCCUCCUGUCCCUGGGCUUUGGUCUGCUGUGUUUUGAACUCGCCUGCACCCACCGCACCCUCAUCACACUCAAGACCAACUCCUUUGCUGCCGUCUUCACCGUCCUCUCUGGUCUGCUGGGAAUGGUCGGGCACAUGAUGUACACAACAGUUUUCCACGUAACUGUGAGCCUCGGUCCGAAGGAUUGGAAGCCUCAGACAUGGGAUUAUGGAUGGUCGUUCCUGUUGGCCUGGCUCUCAUUCAGCCUCUGCAUGGCCUCAGCUGUUUGCAGCCUCAACGCCUACGCCAAGACCGCGGCGCAGGCUCGCUGCGGCCGGCAAUCAUUAGCGGGAACCUCCUCCUGUCGCACCCUCGCUUCCUCUCCUCCCCACCUGCUGGUACUGGACCCUGAGCUCGCCCCCUUCCUGUGGGAGCGCUCCGCCUUCCCAGCGUGUGGGCCGGGCCAGGAGGGUGAGGGUGAGGGCGAGGAAGGUUGUGAGGGCAAUAUUGAGGGGGGGUUCUCCCUGUCCAACGACCUCCCACCCCGCAGGCCCUCUGACUCGCCCCACUGAGGAGUGAAGAGCGAGAGGGAGGGGGUGCCCCUUAGAUAUUCCCCAGGGUGGGGAGUUGGUUGAGGAGUUGCUGUCCCAUCUGGCCCACACUCCCUCAGACUGACCUUUCACACCUAACCCUUGCUGUGAAAUGUAGACUCUUCUCCCCAAACCCCACUGCUGACUUUUCACCCACUCUGGGGUCAAGCCAAGCCCACACGACAUUGCACCCCUCGUCCUCUGGGUCAAACCCCAUCUCCAUGACCUUUCACUCCUCACCUUCUGGGGCUAAAUCCUGUCUCCACGACUUUUCAGCUCUCACCUUCUGGGAUUAAAGUCCAUCCCUGCGACCUCUCACCUCUCGCCUUCUGGUGCGAUAGCCAUCCCCGUGACAUUUCACUCCUCGCUCUCUGGGUGAAACCCUUAAUCCAUGACAUUUCACCAUUUGCCUUCUAUGGUCAAGCUCAGUCUCCGCGACCUUUCACCCCUCACUUUCUGGGGUCAAACUCCAUUUCUCAUCACCCGCCCAGUCUACUAACUUUUCACCCUUUGUCUUCAGAGGUAAACCCUCAUGCGCAAGCCUCACCACCCCAACUCCUCAUUCAACUCCUGCCCUCCAUCGACGACCUUUCACCCACCACGAGCCAGACAUCUCCU